GUGCAGCUACAUAUCUAAUCUGCACGUCAGCAACAGGCAAAGGAAUUCAGAUUAAAGAAGACAAAAAUAAACAUUUCCUCAACUUUGGUGAUGAAGUUUUAAGUCUUCCUUUUUUUUUUGGUUUGGGCCCAAAUGUAAAUCGUCAGCUGUUGGACGUCUCGUGUGAAAAGAAAAAGAUACUGUAUUCAGAGUCUGACCUUGGCCUGGAGAUGGAGGGCUAUGGAUACGAGCACUUUGGUGCGGAAGCAACGAGGGAGAGCCAGACGGUGGAUUACAGACGAAUCGUGGGGGACACCGAGCCUCCUCGCACAGGUGCCGGAUCGGGCGAGUGCGAGCAGUACGUUCGGCAAACCUCCCACGGCCACGAAACUGCAGCCCAGCGAUACAGUGCCACGCGCAUCCAGGCCGGACUCGGCCCAGAGAGCAUGGCGGAUUACCUAAUCAGUGGCGGCACAGGCUACGUACCCGAGGACGGACUCUCGGCCCAGCAGCUCUUCUCCAUCGGAGACGGCCUGACGUACAACAGAUCUGACCAACAGUGCGUUGUCUCCGAUGGUCACACGGCUGCAGAGCUAUGCUCUAAAGGAGAUGGGUUGACUUACAAUGACUUCCUGAUUUUGCCCGGUUUCAUCGACUUCACAUCGGAUGAAGUGGACCUGACGUCUGCACUGACCAGGAAGAUCACGCUGAAGACCCCGCUCAUCUCCUCGCCCAUGGACACCGUCACAGAGUCGGCCAUGGCCAUCGCGAUGGCGCUCAUGGGAGGCAUCGGCAUCAUUCAUCACAACUGCACGCCAGAGUUUCAAGCCAAUGAGGCUCGCAAGGUUAAGAGGUUUGAGCAGGGUUUUAUCACAGACCCGGUGGUGAUGAGUCCACACCACACGGUCGGGGAUGUGUUUGAGGCCAAAGUAAGACAUGGCUUCUCUGGUAUCCCUGUCACAGAGACAGGCAAGAUGGGCAGCAAAUUGGUGGGCAUCGUCACCUCCAGAGAUAUUGACUUUCUUUCCGAGAAAGACCACAAAAAACCCCUGGAGGAGGCUAUGACUAAGAGGGAGGAGCUAGUUGUGGCUCCAGCCGGCGUUACACUGAAAGAAGCCAACGACAUUCUGCAGCGCAGUAAAAAAGGCAAGCUUCCGAUUGUCAACGACAACGACGAGCUGGUGGCCAUCAUCGCGAGAACGGAUCUGAAAAAGAACAGGGACUACCCGCUGGCCUCCAAGGAUUCGCGCAAACAGCUGCUGUGCGGCGCCGCCAUCGGCACCAGGGAGGACGACAAGUACAGACUGGACCUGUUGGUGCAGGCUGGAGUGGAUGUUGUCGUUCUGGACUCCUCACAGGGCAACUCGGUCUAUCAAAUCAACAUGAUAAAUUAUAUUAAGCAGAAGCAUCCCGAUCUGCAGGUGGUGGGAGGAAACGUGGUCACGGCGGCUCAGGCCAAGAAUCUCAUCGACGCUGGUGUCGACGCUUUAAGGGUCGGAAUGGGCUGCGGCUCCAUCUGCAUCACACAGGAAGUCAUGGCGUGCGGGCGGCCUCAGGGGACCUCCGUGUACAAGGUGGCAGAGUACGCCAGGCGCUUCGGCGUGCCGGUCAUCGCCGACGGUGGCAUUCAGACCGUGGGUCAUGUGGUGAAGGCUCUGUCACUCGGAGCAUCGACUGUCAUGAUGGGCUCGUUGCUAGCGGCAACCACCGAGGCUCCAGGGGAGUACUUCUUCUCAGACGGCGUGCGGCUUAAAAAGUAUCGCGGCAUGGGCUCCUUGGACGCCAUGGAGAAGAGCACCAGCAGCCAGAAACGCUACUUUAGUGAGGGUGACAAGGUGAAGGUCGCCCAGGGUGUGUCCGGCUCCGUUCAGGAUAAGGGAUCCAUCCACAAGUUUAUACCUUACCUGAUCGCUGGUAUUCAACACGGCUGCCAGGACAUCGGCGCAAAGAGUCUCUCUGUCCUCCGUUCCAUGAUGUACUCCGGAGAGCUCAAGUUCGAGAAGCGCACCAUGUCUGCACAGGUGGAGGGAGGCGUUCACGGACUCCACUCUUACGAGAAGCGGCUUUACUGAGCAGGCGGUGUCCGAGAGUCCGCGUUAACGUAACGGUGCCCAAAAAUGUUAAACUGCCACCUCUGCACCCUCUCUCUCUCUCUCUCUGCCUCUCCCUCUCUGCCUCUCCACUCUCUCCUUCCCUCACCUUGUUGCAUCCACUGUUGCUUCCUCUGAUCCCCGGGCCGGCUGCUCGGGGGAAGACUGAGGUUGCAACGUGGGAUUCUUCAAAACUGACACCGACUCUCUGAAACACCUGUGGGAUUUUUGCACUCAAGAAGCGGCGCAUCAGGGUUUUCAGAAUGACACUCACUCACUCACUCACACACACACACUCACAUACACCUGUGUCUUGAGCAGCCUGAUCCCAGUUAGUGUGUGCGCGUGUGUGUCGACCACAGUGGGAGAAUGACUGUGUGAAAGGAAACAGUGUAAUGUGUGUGUUUUUUGUACACGUUUUAUUAUCGUCGUCAUGGUGCAGAAACCCCAUCAGCUUCUUCUUCUUCUUCUUCUUCUUUCUUCGGCUUCUAUGCUAACCGGCGUGCUCCCUGUCGGAAGAUCGAACACUUGUCUGUGUGCAUCGUGUCGGUGUAUAAAGAUAAAAUCUACUCGGAAAAGGUAGCUGCUCCUACGUCAGUGCUUAUUGUUUACUUUUUUUUGUUUGUAUUGUGGAUCAUGAGGUACAAGAUGUACGUCACGUUAUAAUCCUCCACUUUCACUUGAAACCCGUACGUCGAGCUCAAGCCCGCGUGAGUCCUAUAUAUAUUUUUUUGCGCAGGAUUAGGGUAUUUAUGUUUUUAUGACGGAGGGGGGGGGACCAAAAAGCAUACGUUUAUCAAUCAAGAAUGGAACACAAUGAGGAUUUAAUGGUCUUUUCUUUGCUCUGAUCAUUUAAAUGGCGUUGGAUCAGGCUUUCUAUGAAACCUGUGUAGUCUGCGGGGCCUUGAAUGGAGCAUGAUGCUCGCGUUGGGUGGGGGUUUGAUAUGCAUGUUUGUUUUUUCACUAAGCCAGACGUGGCUGUAUUUAUAUUCUGCCUCUAAUUGUAAUUGCAUACAUACUGCCAAGUGUAUUUACACUUCUUCUGACUUCCUCCUCUUUUCUUUCCUUUUCAUUUCUUUUGUAAAUGAAAAACACAAACUCGCUCAUGACCCCGUCGCCCGUUCAUUCCCGCGUAAACUUCUGUGUGGCUGUUACUCGCGUUACUUUUCACCGGAGAUAUGCCUUGAAUCAAAGGAUUAUUAAAAAAAAUUUUAAAAAAAAGGCUGCAGGUGACAGCUCGGUGGGAAAAUGCAUCGAAAUGCAUAAAUGCUACACACCCUCGCCUCCCUUCUUCUUUGUGUCGCCGUGUUUAUCAUUCUGCUUUUGUACACGUAGGCUUUUCUAACAUUUCCAUACUUUAUUUGUCAGAUGAAAUUUAUAUAUAUAUAUGUAUGUGUGUAU